AUGUCCUCCACUGCUGAAAAGGACUCGUCCAACACUGACUUGAUCCAAAAUAUCCAUAACACGCUUGCCUGGUUGAAAAACAAUCCAUGUCCUUAUGUCGCUGGCCCAGAAUCUCUCAAGAAACGUGCAUCAGUCGCCUUGAUCGUGCGCAUACAACCAUCUUAUGCCCAUCAACCAGAUAAGGCCGCUGCUCCCGCUGACAACAUUGACUCUUUCUUUGCUCAGGACUGGGUCAAGCAUGGAGAACCAGAGGUCCUAUUCAUAAAACGUGCUGCCCGAAAGGGUGAUCGAUGGACUUCUCAUGUCGCCUUGCCUGGUGGUAGACGCGAUCCUGAAGACGAGAACGACCAACAUGCUGCCAUUCGCGAAGCUGCUGAAGAGGUCGGCAUCGAACUGUCAGAACGUACAUGCAUCGCGGUUGGAAAUCUUCCUCAGAGAAUUGUCACGACUAGCUGGGGCCGCGUACCGCUAAUGGUCUUAUGUCCAUAUGUUUUUCUUGUUACACGUCAUGACUUGCCAUCGCUACGUCUACAGCCUACUGAAGUUGCUUCGACACAUUGGGUACCUAUUCGCUCUCUUCUUGACCCUGGCCAACGCACUGUCCAUACCGAGGAUGUCAGUAAUAGGUUAGCCAACCAGGAAACGGGCAUCAAGAAGUGGGCUUUGGCAGGAAUGCUUGGUAAAAUGGAGUUCAGUGCAAUCCAGUUGCUUCCUGCAGAGAGUCUUUACUGCCAUGAAUCACCUCCAGACGACUCUAAUCAACACAAGAUUGCGCCACCAAGAAACAUAAUCCAGAGACUGUUGAGCUUCACCUAUUCACCAACCCUACCUCCUCCACCUCAACAUCGUCCGCUCAUCUUGUGGGGAUUGACACUUGGAGUUGUGGCCGAUUUCCUCGAUCUGUUACCACCUCACAACGCAUUGGAACUAUGGACAUAUCCCACAUUUACCAUGCCUGACGUUCGAUUAGUGAUAUGGCUCACGACUUAUAGAUUCAGAGAAUCCAAACGACUGCAGCUCGAGUCGGAUAACCAUUCAGGCUCUCCCACUGCAGCUGUCGAAGAGGGGUUGGACGCUGUCUCGUUACCGGAUGACAAGCGUGGUAGCGAUGUAGGCAUGGGAGGAUUAGGUUCUGGACGCAGCCUGAAGGGACAGUCUUUCGAGAGUGCGGUGGGAACUAUGCUGGAAGGCUACUACGCCUGCAUGAGAAGGNNGGGAGUAACAUAUGCCUUGUUAUGCCGACUACUUGGAGUCACUGCUAUCACGGCUAUGCUAUGGUCAAGGAGAAGAUAUUUGCCAUUAGUGCUCGCUAGACUCAACAGAUAUAGAUAG